UUAUUAUUAUUAUAUUAUCCCUUUCCUCUCAAAAUGCACCUUCAGCAUUUCCUUAUACUCGGCAAUCCUUUUCUCUGAAAGGUAUCUUUUAUUGCUCCUCAAUCCAAUCAGGAGCCUACGCCGGGCUUUCAGAAAUGGCUGGCGGACUCGCCUCGCAUCAAGCAGGCGACGCUUCUCCGGCAUUCUUGCUCCGCCUUGUCCACGACAUCAUCUCGGGGAAUGUCGGCGGUGGAAAUGGUCACCUCAAUGUCGUGUUUAAAAAGGAUUGCACGGAUCUGGUGAGGAGGAUAGCUCUCUUCACGCAUUUGCUCGAGGAAAUCAGCGAUUUUGGACAGUCUGACCAUGAUGAUGCCUCCUCCUCCUCCGCUUCUUCAUGGUCGGCUGAUCUGGCAGUGGCUCUCCAGGCUGCAAAGCGUCUCUUGUCCGUCGCCUCCGCCUACCAUUCGAAUAAUUCCCCUGAUGGAGCUGCCAAAAGAAUUACUUUCCAAUUUCAGUGUGUUACUUGGAAGCUGGAGAAAGCUUUAGAGAAAAUCCCUUAUGAUCAGUUGCAAAUCUCAGAGGAGGUUCAAGAACAGGUAUCGUUGGUGAAAGCACAAUUGAAAAGAGCAACAGAAAGAUAUGGGUCUUUGAAUUUGAGAAAGUUUUCUAAUGCUCUGCCCCAGCCACUGGAAAAAGAAUAUGAUAGGACCAACCAUGAAAGUUUAGCAAUGCUGGAUGGCAUUCCUGAAAAUUGGGGUCCUCAAAGACAUGGUGCAGAUCAGGUGACUAAGAUAUUGGAAAGAGUGAAGAGCUCUUCAACCUCUUCUGAGGUCUGUCUAUCAAAUGAAAAUGAUUCCAAAGGGCAAGAGAAUGUGGCCAUUAAGGGUACUGAAGAACUCAAGAAGCCUGAUGCACCAGUAAUACCUGAUGAUUUUCUAUGCCCUAUAUCUUUGGAACUAAUGAGAGAUCCGGUGAUUGUGGCUACAGGACAGACAUAUGAGAGAUCUUACAUACAGAGAUGGAUAGAUUGUGGCAACAUAACAUGUCCGAAAACGCAGCAGAAGCUGGAAAAUUUAACUCUAACCCCUAAUUAUGUUCUGAGAAGUCUAAUAAAUCAAUGGUGUGCUAAACAUAAUAUUGAGCAGCCAUGCGGGUUAGCAAAUGGUAGGCUUAAAAAGAGUGAUGGAUCUUUCCGUGAUGUUAGUGGAGACAUGGCAGCCAUCCAGGCUCUGGUCUGUAAACUGUCAAGCCGGUGCUUAGAAGAACGUAGGGCUGCUGUGGCUGAAAUCCGAUCACUAUCAAAGAGAAGCACUGAUAACAGGAUACUAAUUGCAGAUGCAGGAGCGAUACCUGUUCUGGUGAACCUACUUACGACAGAUGAUGUGUCAUUACAAGAACAUGCAGUAACUUCUGUUCUUAACCUUUCCAUAUUUGAAAAUAACAAAUCUCUUAUAAUGCUUGCUGGUGCCAUUCCUUCCAUUGUCCAAGUCCUCAGAGCUGGAAGUAUGGAAGCAAGAGAGAACGCAGCAGCUACCCUUUUUAGUUUGUCACUUGCAGAUGAGAACAAAAUAAUAAUUGGUGCAUCAGGGGCAAUACCAGCUUUGGUAGAUCUGCUACAACAUGGGAGCGCUAGAGGGAAGAAAGAUGCUGCAACUGCUCUGUUCAAUCUAUGCAUUUAUCAGGGGAACAAGGGCAGGGCUGUCAGAGCUGGAAUUGUGACAGCACUGCUUAAGAUGCUCACAGAUUCAAGAAACUGCAUGGUUGAUGAGGCUCUAACAAUACUGUCAGUUCUUGCUAGCAACCAUGAUGCUAAGGCUGCUAUAGUAAAGGCUAGUACCAUACCUGUUUUGAUUGAUCUUUUAAGAACAGGUUUGCCCCGCAACAAAGAGAAUGCAGCUGCCAUUUUACUUUCUUUGUGUAAGAGAGAUUCUGAGAAUCUUGCCUGCAUAAGUAGGCUUGGUGCUGCGAUACCCUUGACAGAGCUUACCAAGAGUGGCACUGAGAGGGCCAAGCGGAAGGCUACUUCAUUGUUGGAGCACCUUCACAAAUUACAGCAGCUCUGACCAUUGUGGUUGUACCAGAGCGUUUGUUAAUUGUUUUCUAUUGACUCUAAUUGUUUGACAAAAUUGCCAUUCUAUUCGUUUCAGACCCAAGAACUGAGCAUGAGAUACAAAGCCAUUCUCAUUGCUCUCUGUGCAUUCAUUUCUUUCAUUGAUGAGUGUAAAAAAUUUAUUUGGUCUCUUGAUUAAUGAAGAUUGCUUUCGUUUUGGUCU